AUGCAGAGGCUAACUUCAUUAUUGUGGAUAAUUGUUUUGCUAUGUCACUACCAUCUGGUGUGGAGUUCUGGUUUAGAUGACAAACUCCAUUACUAUGAAACAUUGCACACAAGUGACAUUCGGAUACGUGUUCGACGAAGUGCUGACAAAAACCCAGGAUUUGACAUGAAAGAAAUUUGGUUCAACACAAUGGGCAGAGAUUUUCACUUAAAUUUGCACCAAUCUACUGUCUUGAGUUCCAACUGCAAAGCAACAGCUAUAAAUGGUGACAGCAAGGAGACCUUCUCUGUUGAUAGGAGCAAGUUUCUAUCUGGUAAACUUUAUGAUGAUCCUGAUUCGUUUGUACAUGUCCUCUGGGAUGGUGAGAUCAUGACGGCCAGUAUAUCAACCAAUGAUGAAGUGUAUUUUGUAGAGCCCUCCUGGCGACAUCUGUCACCAUCUGCAAACCACUCCAUGGUGGCCUACAAGAAGUCAGAUGUCAAGUUUGACCCUGAUGCAGUGAUUGGAGGAGUCAGGGGAGAUUUUGAUAACACCGAUGACUUUGUUGGAAUGGAACUUAAUGACGGCAUCAGACUGUUUCCACGGGAACCAGAACCGGAACCAGAGCUGGAGAAAACAGCUCCCCAGAGAGAGAAACGUCAGGCGGUGUCUCCCAUCAUAGGGCCUCGAACUGUGUGCAGAUUGGCUGUAGUCGCAGACUUCUACUUUUUUUCCACUAUGGGUCGAGGUGACCGCUUUCAGACAAGUGAAUUUAUGAUAAGUCUGAUAGACAGAGUCAAUGGUUACUACAAAAAAACUAUCUGGACUGACAGUAAGGAGAACAUAAUUCAGGCAGGGUUUGAAAUAGCUGAGAUCAUAGUCCAUGAGUCGUACACGAACAGCAGUGAAAACAACCAUUACAACAUGGCCAAUCGUGUCAGAGAUAUGUCCAAUGUAUUAGAUUGGUUUGGUGAAGCACAUGUCAAAGAUUUCAAGAAUUUUUGUCUAGGGCAUCUGUUUACAUAUCAAGCAUUCGAAGGAAAGCUGGGCCUUGCCUACAUUGCCUCACCACACAAGUAUAACCUGGGUGGAAUUUGUUCUGAAGCGGCAUAUGUUAAUAGGAAAAAGCAAGCUGUCAACACAGGUGUCAGCUCAUUCCGAACACCAGGGGGCAGCACUGCAAUGAGUUUACCCUCAACACUCACUGUAUCCCACGAAUUAGGUCACAAUUGGGGAAGUGAGCAUGAUCCUGACACUGUCACCUGUUCUCCGAAAUCCUCGGCUGGGGGCAAGUACAUCAUGUAUCCCAGCUCAACAACUGGCUACCAGGCCAACAAUCAGGUGUUUUCACAAUGCAGUCGACAGUAUGUGUUUAAAGUUCUGGAAAGUAAAGGCUUCGAUUGCUUCUCAGUUGCUACUGGUGGGAUUGCUCUGUGUGGAAAUGGCAGGGUAGAUGACAAGGAAGAGUGUGAUGCAGGGCCAGAUGGUGACCUUUGCUGUGACAAAGAUUGCAAGCUUGUUGAUCAGGCUACUUGUAGCUACAUGAAUUUCCCAUGCUGCGACAGACUGACCUGUCGUGUGGCUCCAGGAUUCAAGAAAUGCAGAUCAGCAUUUGGAUGUAAGGAGUCAUCCUACUGCAAUGGGAUUGACUUCUCCUGCCCUCCAGCCAAUAAUAUUAAGGAUGGAAAGUCCUGUAGUGAUGGUGGAGUGUGUAGGAAUGGUGUAUGUGUUGGCCAGUGUCAACAAGCUGGAAAAAUUCCGUGUAUCUGUGAAGAUGAAGGGAACCUGUGUAAACGGUGUUGUCAAAAUGCAAACAGCAUAGGGUCUUGUAUACCACUACCAUUGUCAGACUUGGAAAGUCAACUUCCUGAUGGCAGUCCUUGUAAUUAUGGCUUCUGUAAGAAGGGUACAUGUGAAAAAUCAGGCACCAUUGUCAAGAGGUUGUACAAAGUCCUGCAGUAUUUCAGUAUCAACAGACUAGAGGUGGUGAUGAAGGACAAUGUCGUGUGGGUGAUCCUGUUCCUUUCUUCAAUACUAUGGUCAAUUUUCAUUGUUAUAUUUGAAUGUGUGGAUUCAAGAAAUGAGAAGAGGAAAAAACCAUCAAGGGAAAAUAUGACAAGAUGGGAUAAGGAAACUAUCUUACCAAAUAGGAGGGAAGGCGUAUCUAAAAAGAUUGAUUUCCUGAUUGUUAGGUCAAGGCCGUCAGAAUAAAACCAUGGAAACCAUGACUUUACCCUGUCUUAAACAAGAACUGCAGGUAAAUGAUCCCUGCUGUGCGGGAAAAGGUGUCAAUUUUCGCACUGCAACAAAGUAAGGAAAUAGUGUUUCAGCUGGUGUCUUUGACUGAACAAAUGAGAUUUUGACUCUGCCUUGUGAAAUUAUGGUAAUUUUCAGGAGUAUUGUGAAUGUGGUAGGUUCAUCUACAAUGAAGAAACAGUGCCAUAGCUUUUGAGAAAGUUUGGUUGUUGGUAAGAAAUAAGAAAAGUUCCAGAAUCUGGAUUUUGUUGAGUGUUCUGAUAUGUUUUGUAUGUAAUGAUACAUAUUUUCUUUUAAUUUAUUGCAUAAAAGAUGGUCUUGAAGAUACAAAUGUGUAUGCAUUAGCCUAGAAUUUCCCAUGAAAGUUACUACAAAUUGAAAACUGUUCUGAGUAAGAAUAGUUGUUUUAAGUUAGAAUCCUUAAAACAAAAGUAUUGUUUUAUACUUCAUCCCAGACCACUAUUUUUAUUAAAAUUAGUACUGGUCUGUCUGUUGCUGUGGGGCAAGUCCACCUACACAGUAUAGAAAAUUUAUUGAUAUUAUUUUCGCAAAUAUGAAAAUUUAUCCUGUGGUUUAUGUAAUUCAUAUUGAGGGUAAGAACUUCAGAGUUUGAAAAGAGAAAUCAGUAUAGUUUUAUGUUAGAGGCAGCAGAGUGAUUCCAUUAUGACCUUUUACAAGCGUGUUCUUAGUCACAAAAUAGUCAACACUGAAUUGAUUCCAUUGCCAUUUGACCACCAUAGAGUUUCACAACAUUUCAUUUUAAAAUCAACAUUGUGCAAUUCUAUAGAUUUUGUUUGCUCCCACUCAGGUUUGUUGAUCAUUGCUUAUCCCUCCUCCUCCUUCUGUCAACAGAACUAACUGACAGUAUGAAUGUGUCCAUCUUUUCUGCCUUUGUAUCAUUCAUAAAAUUUCCAGUGUACCUAGGUUAAAUGUAAUAAAAAGAUUCAUGUAGUUACCUACCUUAAAACUUGCUCAAAACUCUCAGGCGAGUUUAAUAUCUAAUAUGAUAGCUUCAAAAUUUCGAUUUUUCUAUUCAUGCAUAAUGAAUGAAGAUAAUUGAUUUUCAGUUGUUGAUAAGUUUCCAUUCUUGCAAUAAUACACUCACAUGGUUAAAUUUAAAUUCAAAUA